CGGGAAUCGUACACAAAAUGCAAGUUUCAAGUGAUACAGCUAAUUCAGGUCAGGGAGAAAUUCAGGCAUGUUCUGUGUAGUUAGUUUAUCAUAGGAAAAGCUGUCAUGUGACAAAACGAUACAAGCCAUUUGAAAUCAUAUACAGUACGUCUGUUGAGUUUCCAUUUCUGUUUUACAUAGGAGAGGUUAUACUGGUCAGCUGGGUGUGGCAGGGUGUGUUUCUGUGGGAGUAUUUAGUUGAUUUAAAAUCAGAGGGACAGCUGACCCUGCCAGGCAAACGGACACAUCUUGGUAGGGAGCAGCAGUCAUGGUGAACAGGAGCAGCUCUGAGCUCACCCUCUGCCUCCUGCUCUUCACUGCUCUUUGCUUGGAGGCAUUCAUCAUAGAAUUGAAAGUCAACUCUCCAGCUGAGAGGAUGAACUGGACAGAGGCCAGACUGUACUGCCAGAAGAACCACGUUGACUUAGCUGCUGGUAACAAUGUGAAUAUUCUGGACCUGAGUGAGUCCUUCGUGGAGAAUGUCGGUGAAGCCUGGGUUGGUCUACGCAGAGACCCUAAGAACGACUCAGCGUGGAGGUGGAUUUAUCCAAAAGCAGGAGAGCAGCUCUCAGGAGAAGACCUCUCACAGAGUGUAUUUUGGGCCGAUGGGCAGCAGAGCAGCCACUGUGCACAUGUGGAUACAGAUUUUAAGUGGCACAGUGUGAGGUGUUCAAGUAAACGUAAAUUCUCCUGCACAGAAGAAAAUGCCAUUAAACAUCAUCAAAAUAGUGUUGACUGGUACACGGCUUCUGAUUCCUGCAGGGAAAAAAAAAACUACAGUUACCUGGCCACCAUCACCAUGGAUAACACAAAAAAAUUGAAGGCUGGUGACUGGAUCGGUCUGUACAGAAAAGCUGGUGAGACCUGGAGCUGGAUCGGAGAUCAGCAGACUGACUACAGAAACUGGGCCCAAGGAGAGCCAAGCUAUGCAGACUGCGGCUCUUUUGAUCCCGUAAAUCAAAAGUAUCACAGCAAAGCGUGCUCGGAAGAGUUUCCUUUUCUCUGCUUUGAUGACAACCUUGUGGUGGUGAAUGAAAACAAGACAUGGGAGGAUGCCUUGAAGCACUGCAGGGAAAUGCAGAGCCCAUGUGAAAAUGAAACGAGCCCCUGCAUCUACAAACACGACCUCCUGAGCCUGGAACUCCUGUAUGAAUACAAAUACGUCAGAGAUAGGAUCUACAGAGCCACCACUGAUGAGGUUUGGACGAGCCUUCGCUUCCUGGGAGGAAGGUGGUGGUGGUCCAACGGAGAGCAGCUGGAGAACCAGAUGAUGCUGCCGGACUGUCCGUCUGAGUGGAAACACUGUGGGACCUUGUCCAAACAUGACACCAACAACUGGAUCACCAGGAACUGCUUGGAAAGAAGAAACUUUAUCUGCUACAGAUAUAAAGCUGACAUUUUGGGGGUUUAAGAGCUUUUCAAUGCUUUAUUUUUUCCUGUUUUGACUGUAUGUAACACACUGAGCUCUAUAUAUUAAAGGGUUGGAUCAGAUAAAUAGAAUAAGGCUAUCCUGGUUUAUUUGUUCCCAAUGAGUGAGAAAGAAUAUUAGCAUACAGAAUGAAAAAUUAGAAACAAAAAGGUGUUUCCGCUUGUUUUUUGUUAUGGUUUUCGCAAUAUUAGACUUGUGUGAUCUCUAUAGAUCCCAAUCCCGAUGAACAACAUGUAUUAUGGACACAUUAAUACUCUAAGUUUAUCCUUUGUUUUGUA